UGACGUCAUCCGAUUCUCUCGGACGAGGGAUUAUUUGUUGGAGCGCAAGCAGCACAGCGAUGCACGUUCACGGUCGGUAGUCGAAAGUGAGUCAGCCCGCCGGGAGUCAAAGAGGAGAGUCGUAUAUCUGUGUGCUAUCACGGAAUUCAACUGAACACGCUGCAGCCUGGAGGCGACUUUUUAAGGGCGAGAUUAUACCCCACAUCGGACUUUUUUUCUUUCCUUUUCCACCCCUCGUCUCCCUUCCCACUGACGAGAACCUGCUGUCGCCCCUGGAACAUUUCGGAGCGACCAUGGCCGGAGAAGACCCCCUUGCGAGUCGACAAGACUGCAUCAAAGCGCUGCUUUUGCUUCUCGCCUCGACACUUUUACCGCACGGGGCGUCCGGCCAGCGAGUGAAGGUGGAGCCGGAGGUGCUCUCCUACCCCGGCCAGACAGUCAACCUGCGCUGCGCCUUCACCGAUACCACCGAUAUUCAGCUCACCUUGGUCACAUGGAUCUACAAGCCCAAGGAGGGAGGGCGGGAGAACAUCGCCGUGUUGCACCCCAAACAUGGGCCCACCUACCCCGAGUCUCCGCUGAAGGACCGGAUCAGCUUUACGCAGGUCCCCCCCAACAUGGACAGCCCCUCCAUCCAAAUUAGUGACGUUCGCAUGACGGACGAGGGCGAGUACAUCUGCGUGGUUGCCUCCUACCCCGGCGGCAACAAGCAGGGAAUCACCCAACUGGUCAUGCUCACAAAGCCCCAGAACUCUGCUUCGGCGCUAACGGUGGAAGCAGGCCGCAACCCCACGGUGGUGGCACGCUGCCAAUCACUCAAUGGGCGCCCGGAGGCGCAGAUCCGCUGGGUGACGACCGCCGAUGGCAACGCCAGCACCUCGUCCCAGCCGGGUCAAGACAACACAGUGUCGGUGAGCAGCGAGUACCGCCUGGCCCCCACCGUCGCCGACAACGGCAAAGACAUCAGCUGCGUGGUUUCGCACCGCACGCAGACCUCGCCCGAGAGCUUCCAGAUGAAACUCAACGUUUUAUACGCCCCGCAGGUGACAAUCGUGGGUUACGACAAUAAUUGGUACGUGGGCCGGACCAAUGUGCUGCUCACCUGUCAGGCCACCGGCAACCCGGUCCCGACGACGGUCCUGUGGAAGUCAAUGACGGGAGCCAUGCCUGACACGGUGCAAAUCAAAGACAACCAGCUGAAGGUGCUGAAGGUGGACGAGGCUGUCAACACCACUUUUGUCUGCGAGGUCAAGAACCGCAUCGGGACCGGCAGGGACCAGGUCACCGCCUUGGUCAGAGAGCCUUCAGUCAACGCAUCCAACGCCGGCGUAGUGGCCGCGGUCGUGAUCGGCUCCCUGCUGGCUCUGCUCUUGGUGGCCGCCCUGGUGGCCGUAGUGAUGACCCGGAACCGGCGCCGACAGCAGGGCUACCGGGCCGACGGCAGCGCCGACCUGAAGGCACGCAUAUUCGGCGGCGGCAAGAACGGCACGGGCGGCGCCGGCAACAACAACGCCCCCAUCUACGUGUAUGAUGAUGGCUCGGCCCACCAGGGUGAGAAAAACAACCACAACGGCAACGGGCGGCUUGAGGUGGUCGCAGCCACGCCCACCGCCCAGGACAUCCUACUCAGCGGCGAGCUGGACGACGCAGAGAGGAGGAAGUUUGACGAGCUGGAGGAAGAGGAACGCUAUGACCGCUUCGCCGGGGGCGGCGCAGCCCCCAUCCUGCAGCUACGCCCGGCUGGCGAGCAGCACGAAAUGAUCGGAGACUACCUGGACGACGACAUGGAGUCCCAGCGUGACGGCUCUGUCAUCUCUCGGACUGCCGUUUACGUUUAAAGCAUGGAGGAAGCCAGGAGGAGGAGGAGGAGUCCUGGGGAUUUUUGUGCCUCCGCCGGAUCGAGAGGAGACAACCAAACCACACAAAAUAGAAAUAAUCAUGUAUUUUCUAUAUAUGCUGUUAGUAAUCAUGGUGUCAUGACUGGAGGAGGACAUUGCGAGUGGCCAAUGACACGGAUGGCAGAGAUGGAAUCAUGUCCCCGCCGAAAGGCGUCAGAGCCGCAGACGAUUCUCUCUGGCGUACGCCGCAAUUGAGUGCGCUCACUUGUCCUCGUGUUUUUUCUCCCCUGUUUUUGGGAAUCCGUCAUGCUGAAAUGAGCGUGGUUUCGCUUCUCGUGCCGGGUCUAAAGAUGCUCAAGUGCUUGGGAGCGGAUUUGUUUGCUGUCAUCCGUCGUCUUUGCUUUUUCCACCCCGUCAAACGUCCGGAUCAUGUCCGCGUCGUCCACGGCCAUUGGAUUGAUUGAUCUCAACUGAAAGAGGGUCUGAAGCCGAUGCAGAUUAUUUUCCUGAAGAGAAGCACUAGCGAGGCUUGUCACCUUUGAUUCUGUGGAGUUCAUUCUCCACCCGAAUAUUUCAAAAUAAGAAAUAUUGUUGAUCAUCCUGUCAGAAUCUCCCAGUGGGUGUCGACGGCAAGUAGCCGGUGGAGGGAUGGCGUUAGGCACGGCCGCAUUAGCAUGUGUAGAUCUUGCACUGAGAUCAUGCGAUAUUUUUCUCCAUUAGUGCCAUUAAGUGUGCAGAAUUGAUUGAGGGACGUAAAAGCUUUGCGGCCGGCCGACUUGUAUUGCCUAACAAGCAUCGCGCGGCCAAAUGUCCCUUUAUGAUGCAGCUGCGGGCCCAAUUGUCUCUCGACUGUUAACUCAUCUCGCUAAAGAGCCACUGUAGGCUCUCCCGGCUGCACUUGCCAUUUAGCCACCGAAUUCUCUUGACCUGCCGAUGAGCUUUUCUUGUGGCGUGCCGAGGCCCGUCGCCAGGUCAAACGCAGACUAAAGCGGCGCCCGAGGCAGCGGUGACUGUACUUGGGCUUUUAACCUCAAAUAACGGGAGAGAGCUCAUGUUCACAAAUGUAGCUUUGCAUUUGCGACCGCUAACCUUCAUGAAGACGGUGAGAGGACGGGCAGGUGGUGAGAUGAAAAACCCUGCCCACCACAGUGCAGUAGUUGAGUCAAUAAUAGUUGCCACAAAUCCAAUGAAAAGGAAGUGCGACCGGCGGUGCCUUUUUGUACUGCGCGAUCACGUAUUCUUACAAACUAGUUUGGAAGCUACAAAAUGUUGUCCACAGGACCUUCGUAACCUGAGGACACGGGACGAAUGCUAAAAGCGUCUGCCAGUGAGACAACGGCUUACUCAACACACAAAUGCAAUGCAACUCAUUCCCAGAUAAAGCACCACACGUGAUUUCCCACAGCCAUCUAAAAGCCAAAAAACAAAAAAAAAUCCAGAUGUUAUUUUUACACUUGCGCACGAGUGUGUGUCACUGCUAUAAAAAAAAAUGCGUGCAUAAAUGUGUGUGUAAUAUUAGAUGGAUGAAAAUGGCAACAGUUGGAGGGGGGAGGCAAACACUUGGUGUACAUUUGUGGUGUUGAGGUGUCUGUGUAUACGAUAAAUGUAAGCAUCUUUAUUUUUAUUGUGAAAAACAUUUGGAUAUUUAUGAAAAUGUAAAUAUCACGCAAUGUGGUGUAAUGUAAAGGGAAAGUCCUUGUGAAUGUACAUUUUUACAACGCGACAGCUUUUAUUUGCUGAAUUUAUGCACCUCCACCCUUUUUAUUUUCUCUCUCGUUCCGGCAAUUCAACACAAUAAGCACGUCGUUUUGCACAAUUGGCUCUCCGGCGUAGACGUGGUGCACCACGUGAACAAAACGCACGCGCGCGCGCACACACACGGUCAAGUCUGGAAGGGUGAGGGAUUCCAUAGGCCAACCUUUAUCACUGUGCAAAAAAAGGAAAACACAACAAUUGGCAAAGCCAACUUGUUGUUUUUGCUGGCGAGAAACAUUAGCCCACUCGCAAAAGCCCACCAGCCGCUCUCAUUAUUCUCCGCAGCCGAAGUGCGAUCCACACGCCUGGCACCGGCUACCGCCUGACACCAGACUGCCCACACACAUCCAAAGCAAGACUUCUAGUGUCUCCUUUGCCGGGUGCUUAUGUUAAGACUUUUAUUUGGCUGGUGACUUGGAAAGAGUCCGAUUUGUGCCCUGCACUUUGCUUUCCAUCACCGAAGUAAUUCAAUCAUUGGCCUUUUCACCCAGGCUCGUCUUUUGCUGUACUUUUGGCAUGUGUGUUGCUCUUCAGCGGGCUAGACGCAGCAAUUUUUGUCAUCCUCACAUAGACACAAACCUAACUAAAUAUUGGACAUUGACGAUUGUUGGCCCCAACGUUUUGAAUAAAUCACUUACGACGCAGCGCUUGCUAACUCAUCUGUCAUUCAUGAAAUGGAUAUUUCAUGUUGAGACCGGACUGACUGAUUAUGAUCAACAAACUGACGUUAAUGUUUUGUCACAAUCAUUAGCUACUCGUAAGUAUCACGCCAUUCAUAGAAUCAACAUUUGAUGGAGAUAAAAUCGUUUGAGCUCACUCCUCUUCAAUGCUAAGUUCGCCUUGAUAGCAAGUGGCACCACAAAGGACUCCUCUGACAUAUUUGAUGUUGGCGCAUUGUUACUGAAAUCUGAAAGGGAAUAUGUUGAUAAUAACAUUUUGUCACAUCACUUGCGGAUGCUAGCUUAGCCUGGUUAGCAAGUGGAUCUAGAAACUUAACAUUUUGGCGAGCACCUUUCUGUCUUUAACUUGGCGUGCUUUCCUGCUCGUCUCUAUGAGGUUCUUUCAUUUCUGAUUUAAUUACUUUUGUUGGAUGAUUAGGUUAAAAGUAAAUGCUUGAUUUUUUUUCUUUUUUCUUUUUUCAUGCCUUAUUACGUAUAAUUGAAGUGUGCGCAGCAUCAUAUCCAACUUUUUGUCCGCAAACAUCUCAUGACUACAAAGCCUUAACAUCCUCCAUCUCAGCUGUGGAAAUAAAUAAAUAAAUAUAUCCCUUGUAAAUUGUAUAAAUAUAUAUAGAUAUGUAGCAGAGGAGAGGGGUCAAAAAAUGAAGUCCUAAUUUCUGGUGUCACGUUUUGUGUUGCUGAGUGGCGGCAAAGCAUGAAGGAUUUGACUUUGGUUUGCUUUACUUUUGCGGUGCUUUCUCAUUUCAACUCUUUGCGAGUGCUUUCUUCUGGACUGCCAAUAUGCUGGCAAAUGUGCUUCGAUACAAUUUGAAAUGUACACGCGUAGCAGAGCAGCAGUCUUAUUCCCAAAUGUGCUUUUUAUCGACUGCGCUGUGGAACUUGUUUUUCUUUCUUUCGCCUGUUCUGACUCUUUCUUUUUGUAUUAUUUUUUUAAAUAUUGAUUUUUGUUUUUUUCGAGCAGGAGAUAAAUGAUCGGGGGUGGACGCAAACGGGGGAUUUAGACUGGUUCCCGUUGCUAUUGUACUGUCUUUAUUCUUUCAUACUUGGUUGUUAUUAUUAAAGACGUUGAUUUUUGAA